UUCUACAGACCGCCAAAAAAAUCCGCACUCUCUUACAGAGAGAGCUCGAAAGGGCCCAGCAAAAUGGACGUUCCAAAGGAUCAGAUCACGUCCCUUCUCGAUCAUGGCCUCUUCGACUCUGCCCAGAUGCUGGGUUGCUUUCUUGUUUCUUCAGCUGGUACAAAUGUUGAAACCAGUCCAUAUGUUAAGGCUGAAAAUUUGGUGCUUCUUGGUGAUGCAUUGUUUGGGCAUAAGGAAUUUCGGCGAGCAUUGAAUGCAUACAAGCAAGCCUUGCAGCAUUGCAAGAUUAUCCCGAAGCAAACAACCUCUAGAAGUUCGUUAUCCACAUCAAACAGGUCAUCCUCUCCAAAUUCUUUGAACAUUUCAGCAAUUAAUGAAAAUGAGGUGAAAUUCAAAAUAACUCUUUGCCAUUGUGCACUAAAUGAGAACCGAGCUGCUCUUGCCGAGAUGGAGGGAAUACCCAGCAAAGUAAGAACUUUGCAUAUGAAUCUGACCAUGGGGAAGCUUUAUCGGAUUUCUAGGCAUAAUCGUGCUGCUAUUUCCUGUUAUAAAGAUUGUCUGAGGCAUUGCCCUUAUGUUUUGGAGGCCAUUACAGCUUUGGCUGAAUUAGGGGUUUCUGCCAAAGAUAUUAUUUCCUUGUUUCCUCAGACACCAAAUAGAGGUGGAAGACCUCCCUCUGAUCAUUUGGACACCGGGCGUUGGCUCCAGCGGUAUGUUGAGGCUCAGUGUUUUGUUGCUUCAAAUGAUUACAAAGGUGGUCUGGAUCUCUUCUCUGAACUCCUACAACGCUUUCCAAGUAAUGCGCACAUAUUAUUGGAAAUGGCUAAGGUUGAAGCCAUUAUCGGGAGAAUCAACGAAGCAAUUAUGAAUUUUGAAAAGGCUCGUGCUAUCGAUCCAUACAUUGUUACAUACAUGGAUGAGUAUGCAAUGCUUCUAAAGGCGAAGUCUGAUCACUCGAAGCUAAACAAGUUGGUGCAUGAUUUGCUGAACAUUGAUCCUGCAAGGGCAGAAGUCUUUGGAGCUUUAUCUGUAUUAUGGGAAAGGAAAGAUGAAAGGCAGGCUUUAGCUUAUGCGGAGAAGAGCCUUCGAAUUGAUGAUAGGCAUAUAUCAGGUCAUAUAAUGAAGGGUAACCUGUAUUUAUCAAUGAACCGACCAGAUGCGGCUGUGACGGCGUUCAGGGCAGCUCAUGAAUUAAGGCCUGAUCUUCGCUCGUACCAAGGUCUAGUUCGCUCUUAUUUGGCACUUUCUAAAACCAAAGAGGCUUUGUAUGCUGCUCGAGAGGCAAUGAAGUCCAUGCCUCUGUCUGCAAAGGCUCUUAAAUUAGUCGGUGAUGUGCAUGCUAUUAAUUCUGGUGGGAGAGAGAAGGCGAGGAGGUUCUAUGAAUCAGCUCUCCGUACAGAACCCGGUUACCUUGGAGCUGCUUUAGCCUUGGCUGAGCUCCAUGUUGUUGAUGGCCGAAAUGGAGAUGCUGUGUCGCUCCUUGAGAGAUAUCUCAAAGAUUGGGCAGAUGACUCUCUCCAUAUCAAGUUGGCACAAGUAUUCGCAGCAACGAAUAUGCUGUCAGAGGCCCUGUCACAUUACCAGUCCGCACUCAGGUUAAACCCACAAAACGAAGCUGCCAAAAAAGGUUUAGACCGCUUGGAGAAGCAGAUGAAGGGAUUGGAUCCAGAUGCGCCAGAUGAGGAUGAAGAAAAUGAAGUUGAGGAUGCUGAUGGAGAUCAGGAAGAGGCAGAACUUAUAUGAGAGGAGACCGUUCUAUAAACGAUGAGGAACUAUUAUCUUCAACCGGAUGAUAUACGAGUAUGCUCAUUUUUUCACUGUCCUAGUGGGAUGUGGGGCUGAAUGAUCCAAAUAGUUGGUCCGAUGCAGUGAUGCUUCGCAUCAUGGAUGGACCAUCCUGCACAUUGGAAGAUCCUAGGCACCGAUCUUGGGUCUAUUUUCAGGCGAGUGUCAGAUGUUGAUGUGUCUCAUCCCAACUGUUUAUUCUCAAGUUAUAAGUUGAAAGGUCAGGAUUGCCCUACAGAGGAGAAAUUCGUAGCUUGGUUCAUCCAUGAAGGGGCCAAGCAGACCAAUGGUUUGGAUCAUUGAACCAUGGGGCCCACUUGUACUAGCUAAAAACCUGAGCAUGCCAUUCAUAUCAUUGGCUGUGGAUCAUAUAAUCCUUAAUAAUGAUUAGCAGGUGGUUUAGUAGGGAUACGGCAAGUUAAUUGAACUGCUAAUUGGCAUAAGCACAUGCUGUGAAGGGAAAGCUCUCUCCCCCCCCCUCUCUCACACACACACACACACACACACACACACACACAACGACAAUUGCAUGCGUGGUAUAUAAGUAAUUCAAAUUAAACUGUCCAUAUUAUGGGUCCCUGUAUAGAUUUGUCAUGUAUCAAAAAUUACACUUCUUUGAUUAUUUGACUAUCAGAUUGGUGGACAUUUAUUGGACGGUUAAAAAUGAAAUAUUCAGCAGUCGUGUUUCAACAGACAA